CUGAUCUUGCUUGAUUCUUAAAAAGACAAUUCGAAUAGGUCGCCAUCUUGUACGUUUGCCAACCAAUCAAAAAUGAGAAUUAAGUGACGUUCAGUAGAUUCGAGGUGUUUGAUCGUCGCACAAUCGUACUUGGAAUCUCAAUCGAACGUACGAUUCUUUGGUGUGUUUCAUUCCAGGAGCUCGUCGCGCAUUUAAAUACCACUCGGUAAAGUGCUUAAUAUCGUGUGAAUAAAGUCAACAAUUUCUUUUUAUACGUAAUAGUGGUACGCACAUUAUAAAAAGAAAUAAUUUCUUAAAGAAGAAUAAUUACAUAUACAAAAUAUGACAUCUAAAGUUCUCAUGAAGCUACCAACUGUACCAUUUUCACAAGGAAAGAAACCAACAACCCCGCAUGACAUUACUUUAAAUGAGAGAAACGAUGGAAUGAUACAAACUAGACAACAAAAUGUGAAUAUAGAUAGAGCAGCUCAAUUGGAGCAAAACAUGAAAUUUCUACAAGAACAACAUCAAGCAACCUUACUUGCUUUACAUCAAGAAGUUGAAACGUUACGUCAAAGAAACAGAGAUUUGCAAUUCCAAUUAAUUUUUUCAAAAGGGACGACUUGUGUACCUAGCAGUCCUUCUUCCCCUGAAGAUAAUGGAACUGGGUUCGCGAAACCAAAGGGUAGCCCAGUAUGCGUGAACGUCACACCACUGCAGGUUGAACUCUUGGAAAAAGAUUUGCAGGAUAUUAAAGCCUCAUUACAAGAUGCAAAAACACACAACCAAUGUUUAACAGAUAUUAUUGAACAACAAAAGAAAAAUUUAGAGGAAUUAGAGAAGCAAAAGAAAAAAAUAGAUGUGACAAAUGUGGGAAUUCAAGUUGGGGGCAGAUCGGAACCUUCUCAAGAAGAUAUAGUAACACGUUUGGCAGAUGCACAUGCAGUGAUAAAACAAUUGCAUAGGGAAAAUACAGAUCAACGAAAGGAAAUUGCAACAUUAAAGGCAGCAUCAGCAAAUAAUGGAGGUACAAGUAGGGGUGGAUGGGCACGAGAUAGUAAUAAUAGUCAUCAUAGCCGUGUAUCGUCUAUAACUGGAAUACAGGAAUCAACAUCUCACAAAUUUCCACCAUUACAGACACAGAGCUACUCGCAUCGCAGAAUUCAGAGCUUUGAUCAUAAUUCUGAUUAUCAUAGAAAUGGAAGAAAUCGAUACGAUAGGCAGGAUCUUCAUACGGAUGCUGAAAACACUGCAUUACCUCAACUUCAAAAUGGUAGCAUAAAUUCAGAUGCUAUGAUCUUUGAUUCGUGUUAUCGUCGAUAUCAAGCUUAUCUUAAUUAUCAUCGAGAAUAUAGUAAUCGCAAGUAUAGAUGUCAAGGCUCGCAAAGGGAUCGCAGAGAUUCUGAAAAUCGUUAUUACAGACGCGAUUAUAAAGAUAGAAAAUUUAAAGACCACCAGAGGGGAGAAUGUACAGAUUCUGGAGAAGGUUCAAGAGAUGCAGAUAGCUCCCAUAAUCAAUAAAUUAUAUAUAAACUGUUUUGAAUCUGGUGGCUUAGCCAUAUUAUAUACGAGUAGAUAUGUCUUUAAGUUAUUUGCCUUAAAAUAUGUAAAAGCAUCAGGAAAUCCAUUAGCAGUAAUUAAUAGUUAUAAAUGCCGAGUGAUUAAUGUUUUCUCAUAUAAAUAUUCUCAUCUUGAAUAUAAUUCGGUUCCCUAUGCUUAGAUUACCAUACAUAAUGCAAUGACGAAUGAUAUAUUAAAGCUAUAUGAUCUCGAAUGGAACAAGUUAGUGCAGCAUAAAUCAUUUUAUUUAUUAUAGACUGCCUUAAAAAAAGUAGAAGUUAUACCUCAUGAAUUGGUAAUGAAGUAAUUAUAAACAGCAAAUAUAGAUUAAAAAACAAAAAAAAGAGAGAGAGAGAGAGAGGGAGAAAUAGAAAAAAAAAAGGAGAAGGCUACGUGUAA